AGCCCCGCCCUGUUGUGACGUCACCGCGAAGGGACUACUUAAGGGCCGUCCGUCCUCGACUCGGCACCACAAGUCUUUGUACACCGUCUGUACACCGCCAACCACCACCACCGCCAUGAACUCCAUGCUGAUCCUGUCCGCCCUGGUCGCUUGCGCCGCCGCUACCCUGGUGGUGCCAGGCCCCGUGGCAGUGCGUGCCCCCUCUCACGACUCUGCCAUCAUCCAGAGCCACCGUCUGGGCGGCAACUUCGCCUACUCCACCCACGAGGCUCACGCCUACGCCGUGCAGACCCCCGUCAUCGGCCAGCGCACCGUGCCCGUCGGCGUGUCCUACCACCACGGCGUCCCCAUUGUCAAGUCCUCCACUGACUACAUCACCCACAAGAUCCCACAGGUCGCCUACACCUACCCUCAGGUCGCCGUGCAGGCUGCUGUACCCCAGGUCGCCACCUACGCCGCUGGACUGCCCCUUGCCGGCACCUACGCUGCUGGUCUGCCCCUUGCCGGUCCCUACGGCGCUGUGCCCUACCCCUACGUCGUCGCCGCCAAGCCCGCUGAGCCCGCCGUUGAGGAGGCCUAAUAUGACCAUGUGACUGGAUCCUGCAGGACGGUUCUCGUCCCCCUGUCUCCUUCUGCUUCUUCCUUCGACGGCCGAUCCUGGCGUGGCCGCCCGGCGCAGCGACAGAGCCUUCGGGUUGGUCGCUGCGCCUUGUAUAGCUACGGUGUACAAACUUGUGUCAUAGUGUUAAUUUAAAAUGAAAUUGUUUAAUAAAAACAAUUUAAUUUUC